CUGUGGGCGGAGCGGCCAGGAGGAGGAGGCGGCGGUGCAGGGGGCGGUUUGGUUGCGCGGUACUAGCGGUGCCCGCCGAAGGGGGAGGAGGCGGAGGAGCGAGCCGUGCGGCCAGAGCGGGAAAGAGACUCGUCGCUGCGUCCGAGUUCUGGAGCCGCCGCAUCCCGGCUCCCGGAGCUGCAGCGCGAGCCGUGAGGGGCCGGGCGUCCGUUGUCUCCCGGGUUCCCGCGUAGGACCCCGCGGGAUCGGAAAAGGGAGAAGAUGGAGGAGGGCGGCAGCGGCGGCGGCGCCGCGGGGACCAGCGGGGACGGCGGCGCCGGGGGAGAGCAGCUCCUCACUGUCAAGCACGAGCUGCGGACGGCUAAUUUAACAGGACAUGCUGAGAAGGUGGGGAUUGAAAAUUUUGAGCUCCUCAAGGUCCUAGGAACUGGAGCUUAUGGAAAAGUAUUUCUGGUUCGUAAAAUCAGCGGUCACGAUACUGGAAAGCUGUAUGCCAUGAAAGUACUGAAAAAGGCAACAAUAGUUCAAAAGGCCAAAACCACAGAGCACACAAGGACAGAGCGGCAAGUCCUGGAGCACAUCAGGCAGUCAGCAUUUUUGGUGACGUUGCACUAUGCUUUCCAGACAGAAACCAAACUUCAUCUCAUUUUAGAUUAUAUAAAUGGUGGAGAACUUUUUACUCAUCUUUCUCAAAGAGAGCGUUUCACAGAGCACGAGGUGCGGAUCUAUGUUGGAGAGAUUGUGCUUGCCCUCGAACAUCUCCACAAGUUGGGGAUUAUAUACCGUGACAUUAAGCUUGAGAACAUUCUACUUGAUUCUAAUGGCCACGUGGUGCUGACAGAUUUUGGUCUGAGUAAGGAGUUUGUGGCUGAAGAAGGUGAAAGAGCAUAUUCCUUUUGUGGAACUAUCGAAUACAUGGCACCAGACAUUGUCAGAGGGGGAGAUUCAGGACAUGACAAGGCAGUUGACUGGUGGAGUUUAGGUGUUCUAAUGUAUGAGUUACUAACUGGAGCGUCUCCUUUCACUGUUGAUGGAGAGAAGAAUUCCCAAGCUGAGAUAUCUAGGAGAAUAUUAAAAAGCGAGCCUCCAUAUCCUCAAGAAAUGAGUGCUUUAGCUAAAGACCUGAUUCAGCGUCUUUUGAUGAAAGAUCCCAAGAAAAGAUUGGGAUGUGGUCCACGUGAUGCGGAUGAAAUCAAAGAACAUCUCUUUUUUCAGAAAAUAAAUUGGGACGAUCUAGCUGCCAAAAAAGUGCCCGCCCCAUUUAAGCCGGUCAUCCGAGAUGAAUUAGAUGUGAGUAACUUUGCAGAAGAGUUCACGGAGAUGGAUCCCACGUACUCCCCUGCUGCGCUGCCCCAGAGCUCCGAGAGGCUGUUUCAGGGCUAUUCCUUUGUCGCUCCUUCCAUUCUGUUCAAGCGGAACGCGGCCGUCAUAGAUCCUCUUCAGUUCCACACAGGAGUUGAUCGCCCUGGAGUGACGAGUGUCGCCAGGAGCGCAAUGAUGAAGGACUCCCCAUUCUAUCAACACUAUGACCUAGACCUGAAGGACAAGCCGCUGGGAGAGGGAAGUUUCUCAAUAUGUCGAAAGUGCAUACACAAAAAAAGUAACCAAGCGUUCGCAGUCAAAAUAAUCAGCAAAAGGAUGGAGGCCAAUACUCAGAAAGAAAUAACAGCCCUGAAACUCUGUGAAGGACACCCCAAUAUCGUGAAGCUGCAUGAAGUUUUCCACGACCAGCUUCACACAUUUCUGGUGAUGGAACUUCUGAACGGGGGAGAGCUGUUUGAACGUAUUAAGAAAAAGAAGCACUUCAGUGAGACCGAAGCCAGCUACAUCAUGCGGAAGCUCGUUUCAGCUGUAAGCCACAUGCAUGAUGUCGGCGUGGUGCACAGAGACCUGAAACCCGAGAAUUUAUUGUUCACUGACGAAAACGACAAUUUGGAAAUUAAAGUAAUCGAUUUUGGGUUUGCGCGCUUAAAGCCGCCUGAUAACCAGCCUCUCAAGACACCCUGCUUCACCCUGCACUAUGCCGCCCCGGAGCUCUUGAACCAUAAUGGCUACGACGAGUCCUGUGACCUCUGGAGCCUGGGCGUCAUUUUGUAUACAAUGUUGUCAGGGCAAGUCCCAUUCCAAUCUCACGACAAAAGUUUGACAUGUACCAGUGCAGUGGAGAUCAUGAAGAAAAUUAAAAAGGGAGACUUCUCCUUUGAAGGAGAAGCCUGGAAGAAUGUAUCCCAAGAAGCUAAAGAUUUGAUCCAAGGUCUGGAUGAGUGGUGUCGACCAGAAGGCAUACACAUAUCCCAACGUGGCUGUUUGGUAGACAUGUGAUGUUUUCUUACUUUGGGCGUUUGGCCAGAAAAGUUUUGUGUGUGUGGGUUUUACUUUUAACAAAGCAGUAAGGGUUUACUUUUUACCAACGUGCGUGUGUGUAAAGAUGUAUUUAUCCGAGCUUUAAGAAAAGAAAAAAACUUGCCAAUGUACAAACACCUGAUUCGGAUCUGUGGGAUUUUUUUUUUUUGGCAUUAAAUAAGAUGCUUAAAGAAACACAACAGUGUAUAUCCAUAAUUCCAUGUCUUAGAAGAAUGACUCCCCUUGUGCUAAACCCGUGUGUCGCUAACUGACGGCCGAGUUCCCUUAACCAUCCUUGUCUGCUCCUCUCUGCAGCCUCUGGAAAGCGUGGAAGCUUCUCUCUGCGCAGCGUGCUCUAAAGGUCUGGUCUUCUGGUUGCCUGUCCACCUUCACUUUUCUCCUAGAACCCCUGUCGUGUGGCCUGGGGGCUCCAGAAGGAACCAGCCCCAGCAGAUGUUAACGGAGGUGUGCC